AUGUCUCCGAAGAAGGCUGCAGCUUCGCAAAAGGAACCAAAAUCAAAGCUGGUUGUUGCAGAAGAUGAGGAACUUACUAGUGCCACAGAGACCGAAGCAGAUGAAUUCAUCGAUUCUGAAAGUAAAAGUGCAGCGCCGUCAGAGAGUGAAGUGACGGCUAGCUCUGAAGUCAUAGACAAUGACAACGAGGACGCUGAAUCAUACGAGGAGGAGAAUGACGGUGAAGAUGAAAAUGACGAUGAUGAUGAUGAUGAUGAUGAUGAUGAUGAUGAUGACGAUGAUGAUGAUGAUGACGAUGAUGAUGAUGACGAUGAUGAUGAUGAUGAUGAUGAUGAUGAUGAUGAUGAUAAUAAUAAUGAUCAGUACGAUGAUGGUAAUGAUGGUGACGAUGAAUAA